AUGUUUCGCAUCGGCUGGUAUGGCCUCGGCUCCAUGGGCCAAGCCAUGGCCACCAAUCUCCAACGACACCUGGCGGCCCAAAAGGCCCCGAACCUCACCUUCAGUAACCGGACCAUGUCGCGUGGCGAUGUCUUGAAAUCUCUGGGUGCUAAGCCGAAGACUGAUUUCAAAGAGGUGGUCGCUAAAUGCGACAUCAUCUUCACGAUGGUCUCUAACAACCAGGUUCACAAUACCCUGAUCCAGAAUGCUGUCACAUCAGAACACGACCUCCGCGGCAAAAUUUUCGUGGACUGCUCGACGAUACAUCCGGGGACCGUACAAGAAAGCGUCGAAAAACUCAGGGCGAAGGAGGCUUCCUUUCUAGCGGCGCCUGUCUUUGGCGGUCCCUCGAUCGCUGAGGAGGGCAAAUUGGUCUUUGCGAUUGGCGGGCCGAAGGAGGCGUCCGAGGUCGUGAAGCCGUUCAUCCAGGACGUGAUGGGUCGUAAGGUGAUUGAUUGUGGGGAGGACGCUUCAAGAGCGUCGCUCUUGAAGGUUGCUGGUAAUAUCGUAACCCUCAACUUGAUGGAAGCGGUGGCGGAAGCCCAAGUCUUUGCCGAAAAGACCGAUCUUGGGACUGAUCUUAUGGAGGAAGUCAUCGGCGAGGCGUUUGGGCCGAUCGCCGGGGGUUACUCGAAGAGAUUGACCACCGGUGCCUAUGCGCCGCACCCGUACUCUCUGCCCGGAUUCUCCGUAUCCAAUGCCAUCAAGGAUGCCGGCAUUGCUAUCAGUAUCGCCAAAAAACAUAGCGCAUUUGUGCCAGGCCUAAGAAUUGCUCGAAACAAUAUGGAGAUAGCUCGGAGAUAUGCAGGACGGCAUUUAGACAGCACCUCUAUGUACGGAACGCUGCGUCAACAGUCACGGAUGGAGUUCUGGAACGAGAAAGCCCGGCAGGAUUGA